AUGGAUAGUAUCAUAGAUGAGGCCGAGGAGGGUAAUGUGAAGGGUGUUGCUGAGACUCUGUGUAAAAUACCAGAGAAAGAGAUCAUUGACACCAUAGCAAAAAGACUGUGCAGGGAAAAGGGUGAUGCUAUAACUCUCAUAAGAACCGUUCUACAAGCUUCAGCAAGUGAUCCAGGAAGCAAGAAGAUAGGUGUUGAACUCUAUAAAAGAUGUAUUCAGAUUCUGGAGAAAAAUGAAUUGUCAAGUAAACUGGCUUCAAAUCUGACAGGGAUGCUGUUGAUAGAGGCUGACACAUUAAACAACAACGCUCUGGCAGAAAUCUCCUCCUUGUUCAUAGACAUGGUUAAAGCAGGGUCUAUCCAGUGUGGAAAAGGCCUUGCACUACUACCCAAGAUUCUGUCAGCCCUGUCUGUAGAGGAGACGGUGUCCUUUGGUGAGAGCUGUCUGAGCGGAGAGAAAUACAAAAACCAUGUCAUCAACAGCCUCUGUUCCUGCAAGUGGAACACUAAGAGUGUCUUACAUUUAGCCGCCAUGUUUAAGGAUAUCACACUGACUAGUGAGGAAGUCAAGUUUGUUCUGGAGAAGAUCAUCAGGAUGAUAAAGGAGUUAGAACUGGCAGAUUUACCUGCCCUUGUUUAUCAACUCUUACUACUCUCUAACAAGGGUCACAAGAAACUGGUGAUUGAUGGUGUUACAAAAUACUUCAUAGAGCAAGAUGCUACACAUAAGGACCAUGAUCCUAAUGAAUUCAGUGAAGAUCUUUUAGAGGGAGAUAACUUCAGUGUGGAGACCCUGAGACAAACAGAGGGGACUAUAAUACUCCAUAUCAACUUUGCCAUCAGUAUGGACCAGGAACUGGGCAGAGAAUUUAUCAAGUUUCUUAAGAGUAACCAGUCUGAUACAUCCCGAGUCUUAGCUCCCUUUGUACUCGCUUUGUCACUCUCACUGUCCAGAAUUCACAGAUUUGAAGGCCAGAUAUUUGAUUUGCUGAAAGCUACAAUUAUCAAGAGUUUUAAAGACAGUGAGAAACAGAAGCAGUCCAGCUGGGUUCGGGAGAUUGUUCCAGAUACAUGUCAUGUACAGGAGUAUGUUCUGUCAACAAUACAGAACAGCAAACAUGGUUGGGACCAUGUGAUUCAAGGCUUGGUUCAGUUAGGAUUUGGGUUAAUGGAUGCCUAUGGUCCAAAGGGUGCCUUUGGUCGCAUAGAGACAGGGAGCAUACAGACAGGCCCCUCCCACUCUGCCUGUCAGCUGGGGAGCAAGAUCCUACUACACACAUUCAAAGCUCAUGAUAUGGUGAGAGCUGAAAUUUUAGAGCAGAUUUUUAACAGGGUUGUUACAAAGGCAACAUCACCUGUCAGCCAUUACUUAGAACUGCUGUCCAGCACAGUGAUGUCAGCUCCCCAGAGGCUCUUGGAGUCCUCCACUAAGGUCCGGGAGACAUUUGACUACCUGGCGUUCCUCACCCCCUCAGCUGCUGAGGGACUACUGAAAGCUAUCAACCCUCUACUGAAGCUCAGUAUGUCACUGAGAGACUCGCUCAUUCUCGUCCUCAGGAAAGCCAUGUUCUCAAGGCAAUUGGACUCCAGAAAGAUAGGUGUGUAUGGGUUUUUGAUGUUCCUGAAAAAUUUCCGUAUUCUUGGUGGAAUGCCAUCCAGUCAAGCUAGUCAGCAGUUCUCAUCAAGUCAGGUACAAGCUGACAUCCAUGUUCGGUACAAUCCCGCCAGUAAUGAGGCACUGUGUUUAGAAAUCAUGGGAAAUCUCCGACGAGUCCUCACUCAGCAAGCUGACGUUAGGCUCAUGUUCUACCAGGGAAUCUAUGAAGCGUUGUGUAAAAAUACACAAAUAAUGGGGUCGGUUUUGGAAAUUCUUCUAAGUCAGUUGAAAAAGUACUAUGAGCCCACUGAAGAUGUUAAUCCCCCCAUAAAGCUUGAUCUCUGCAUCACUGCUCAAGGAGACCAGAUAUAUCUAGCUGAACCACUGGCUCACCUAAUCUGUUGUAUCCAGCUCUGUCUGAUUAAGGUUAGUGACAUUCGUCGUCAGCUGAAUGGGGACCAUGACGACACAGUAAUGGAGGACUCUAAUCACACACAACAGGAACUGGAGGAUAAGAUGGAAUCCCUCGUCACCAGAAUGAUUAAGUCAGAGAUGGAGGACUUUGAACUGGACAAAUCAGCUGACUAUUCUCUAGCUAACAGUGUUGGGGUAAAAAAUAACAUAUUCUCCAUACUGGUUCUGGGCAUUUAUGAGUCGUUAAUGGAGUACACAUUCAACACUGGGCAAUAUAGCGAGUCUAGCUUGCAGCAGAUUUUACAUUUGUUUAAGAAUUAUAAGAAACUGAGUGAGGUGUUGAAAGAAAAAGCAACCUCUAGUGCUGGGAAGAAAGGAAAGCCUCCCACAGGAAACAAGAUGCCCCUCAGCCUUCUGUCCAUCAGGGGGACCACAGAGAUCCUGAGGGCACUCAUCAGUGAAACUGCACCAAGUUUAGCAGAAAAUCUGAAAAUUUUGAGAGAUGACAUGGACUUCAGGAGACAUAUUGUCAAUGUGGCUUUGCAGAAAAUUCAUCAGGUCCAGGAGAAAGGGGCAUGUGAUGGGGCAGAGGGUAGUGAUAAAUCCAAGAUUCUCCAACAUCUCAUCUGUCUGGCCAAAAUAUUCAUCACGUACUACACAGAAAAUCAGCGGCCUGAGGAGGAGGGGAAGAGGGACAAGUCUAAAUAUAUCAGUGGUCAGUGUCUAGAGGGACUGGUGGGGAUAAUGACCAUUACAUCCCAGCGUUACGCUGACCAGUUCUGUCACUGUCUCUGUGAGAUGGUGGAUGCUGAUGAAUCGGAAGAUCUCCAGGAAGUUAUUUACAGUCAUAUUAAAAAGUACCAGCGACUGGUUAUGAACAUUUUGAAAUCAGAAAGUGAAGAUAAGAACAUGAAAGAGGUCCAGUUAUUGCUGGGAAUUAUUCAGAUUCUGUGUAAACAGCUGUACAGCUCAGGGAACCAGUUUGAGAAAGUCUUAGAUUGGGUUCACAAAAUCUGCACAGAGCAGAGUAUUGAUGAUAUUCCUACCUGCAAACUUCUAUUCUCCUUGUUGUUGGCCUUCACUCAGCAGGUUAAGAGUUGUCCACCUUUGUUAAGGGACCUUUCUCAAGAUGUACACAGUCAGCUGGGGGAUAUAGACCAGGAGACUCAGGUAGAAGAUAAGACCCACUUUUCUUUAGUGACGCACAGAACAGCGGCUCCUGUCCUUCUGAAUUUAGUAUUACAACAGGUGGAGAGGGAACUGGACGAUACAGAGUGGGUGGUGGCUAGGCUCAGGGCAGAGACUGGACAGGCUAGCGAUGAAGCAGAGAUAGACUUGACCCAGAAGGAAGGUCACGAGAGAAGUAUCUGUACCAGGUUAGGUAUACUGGUCACUGCCUUCCAUGAACUGGUCCAAUCUGCCAUACCUGUGGGUGUUUGUAUGGAGAACAUUGUCAAACAGGCUACUAGGCUGUAUGGAACCCUCACCAUAGUGGUCAAAUAUUAUCUGAAUCUCUAUCAGCUAAAGGCUGGUCAUUUGUCAUCCAGGUUUGAGAAGCUUGUCAAAUUGAUUGGUACCCACUUAACUCAGUACUGCUACGGAAUGAUCACAUACAUACAGCAAACAGAAAGUGAGCAGGUUCAACAGAAUGUGGAUAAAGGGAAAAAGGACAAGAAGAAGCAGGCAGCUGCUCUUAAUGCUGGAAAGGCACGUGUGUUAAAGGAAUCCAGACUUAUUCCAAACCUCAUUUUUUCCAUAGAAACAUUUGAAAAGUUCUUGAUUCAGCUGUCAAAAAAGUCCAAGGUGAACCUGAUGGAACAUAUGAAGAUGAGCACAUCCCGAGAUUUCAGGAUCAAUGUGGCCACAAUUCAUGCUGUGAUGGAAAACGAUUCAGAUUCACCAGAAUCUGAGGAAGAGGAGGAAAAUGAUCAAAAUGAAGAGGAUCAGGAAAAUGAAGAGAACAGUUCUGAAGAGCAAGAAAACACUGCUCCGACCAAUAAACGCUCUGCAGAGCCCUUGGAUCCACCACCUGCAAAGAAAUCCAAACUUGGAAAAAAGGCCAGAGCUGGCAAAGUGUAAAUCUGUUUAUCUUUGAACUUUGAAAUUGUUAGUGAAAAGCAUUUGUUAAGACUUGUUUGUUAGGUAGAUUUGUGCCAAAUAUUAUGUGAAUAUAAUAUGUAU